UAGGAUGGGUAAAAGUUUCUCCAGUGCAUCUUCAAGCAGGAAAUCUGAGAUUCAGAACAACUUAUAUUUUGGCUGGUAAUCGUUGAUCAUGGGGUGAUCCAGAAAUAAACUACAGGCUUCAAAGUGAGAGCAUUUCAAAGCUGCCCUGCAGUAGAUCAGCGCACCCAAGGAAAGGCAAGAGAUGAAUACUAACGGAGAUUUUCUGUACUGAGACUUACCCAAGGAGAGAACUCUUUGCAGCAUUAUUGUUUUGUUUCAGAAACCAUCAGGCAAGCAGAAGAUGGCUACAAAGAUUACGGCCACAACAAACACCCAAAGAAAAACAAUAGGUCAUGAGGAGUACAGUCUGUACAGUAGCAUGAGUGAAGACGAGCUUAUUCAACUGGCCAUAGAACAGAGCCUGAAAGAGGAUCCCUCAGGUCAGUCAGCUGCCCAGAGUCAUCAGAAAUCAGUCAUGACAGCCCCAGGAGAGCCACCUACGUUGACGCGUCCUUGCUUUCAUAAUCCACCACACCAGAUUAAUGCUUGGCACAGGUUGGCAGCCCAGUCUGGAGGCCAAGCUCCGGGGUCAUCUUGGGGGGUCAGACGAAGGUAUGACGGCAGCCUGUUCAUCACCCCCCAGCCUGUAGAGCUGGAUCCUGUAGUGGAAGCAAUCAAGGAAGGAGAUGAAAGUGCCCUGCUCAAUAUGAUGAAAUCAGGGAAGAACCUUUCCGAACCUAACAAGGAUGGGUGGCUACCACUGCACGAAGCUGCCUAUUAUGGCCAAGCAGGCUGCCUGAAAGCGUUGCAAAGAGCAUACCCUGGAACCACGGAUCAGCGUACGCUUCAGGAAGAGACAGCGCUGUACAUAGCAACAAGCAGGGGAAACCUGGACUGUCUACUUUCUUUGCUGCAAGCCGGAGCUGAACCUGAUAUUACAAACAAGUCCAGAGAGACUCCACUCUAUAAAGCCUGUGAACGCAAAAACGUUGAAGCUGUAAGGAUGCUGGUGCAGUACAAUGCUGAUGCAAACCACCGGUGCAACCGGGGAUGGACUGCUCUCCAUGAGGCUGUCUCUCGGAAUGACAUAGAAAUAAUUGAUAUCCUGAUCAAAGGGGGAGCCAAGGUUGAAAGCAAAAACACCUAUGGGAUCACCUCUUUAUUUGUGGCUGCCGAGGGUGGGCAGUUAGAAGCUUUGCGAUACCUUGCCAAGUGUGGUGCUGAUAUCAACACCCAAGCCAGCGAUAGUGCCUCUGCUCUUUAUGAAGCCUGUAAAAAUGGACAUGAAAAGGUGGUGGAGUUUCUCUUGUCCCAAGGUGCAGAUGCUAACAAAACCAACAAGGAUGGUUUAUUACCUCUUCAUAUAGCAUCCAAAAAAGGCAAUUAUGAGAUAGUCAAAAUGCUGCUCCCCGUGACCAGCCGCACCCGGGUUAAGCGCAGCGGCAUCAGCCCGCUCCAUCUUGCGGCUGAGCGCAACAACGAUGACAUCUUGGAAGAGCUAAUUGAGGCCGGCUAUGAUGUAAACACCACCCUCUCCUUUGAGAGAGCCCGGCUUUACGAGGACAGGCGCAGCACCGUCCUCUACUUCGCCGUCAUUAACAAUAACAUCUACGCCACAGAGCUGCUGCUGCAAGCUGGCGCCAACCCCAACGUCGAUCUUAUCAACCCCCUGCUAAUCUCCAUUCGCCAUGGUUGCCUGAAAACCAUGAAGCUGCUUCUAGACCACGGGGCGAAUAUUGAUGCGUACAUUUCUAGCCAUCCCACUACUUUCCCGGCCACCAUCAUGUUUUCAAUGAAGUACCUCAGUCUGCUCAAAUUUCUAAUGGAUCUGGGCUGUGACGCAGACUCCUGUUUUAAGUGUCAGUAUGGAAAUGGCCCACAUCCUGUGCUGGAUUACAGAAGGGACAGAUUGGAUGCUAACCCGGUGAACAAACAGCCAAACAUAGUACAGUUUUGUGAUAUGGUGUCUGCUCCAGAGAUGAAUCGCUGGGCUGGGCCUAUUAUCGAUGUUCUCCUGGAUUAUGUGGGCAAUGUGCAGCUCUGUGCCCGGCUAAAGGAGCACAUAGACAGCUACGAGGACUGGGCAGUUGUUAAAGAGAAAGCAGAGCUCCCCAGGCCUCUCGCUCACCUUUGCCGAAUCAAGGUCCGAAACGUGAUUGGGAGAAACCGCAUUAAACUGAUUGACACUUUGCCUCUGCCGGGCAGACUGAUUCGAUACCUACAGUAUGAUUAUUCACAGUGACCUCGUGCAAACCUGGUGAUCAGCAGCUUCCUUGUGCAACAACUCAAUUCAUUAGAGAGGAGAAUAUUCACAUGCUCAUGUUGAACGGACAGCAUGAUGGGAAGGAACUUGUGUCACAUGUCACACAGGAUCACCCCGUAGCUAAUCUGUGUGCAUUACAAUGCUGGAAAGGGAGAGAGAAAAAAUGGAAAGUGAAAGACACAGAGUGACACAGACAGGACAGACGAUCCUUUGAUCUUUUUUUCCAAAAGAAAACAAGAGUUUUGGAAUGUUACACACCUCAGAGAUCUGUAGGGAAGGGGACAGGAAAGCCAGCACUGAAAAACUAGCAGAGUCAAAGCCGCAUGACAUUGUGGGAUUCAAAAAGGACCUGAGGGUCUUUCAGAGGUUAGAGUUCUUCAGUGCUCAGGAGUCAGUAAUUGUCAAGAGUCUGCAUAUCUGGGGAAACAAUCACAUUUUCCUGAGUGUUAUUUUGUUUUCUGUCAUGUUAGACUGAGCCGUUUGCUGGUUGCUAAUUCUCUGGUACCUUGACGUUUAUCUCUCUCACCUGUUUAUUUUGUUUCUUUGGCCUUUUCAUUUGAUUUUCAAGCGUUCAAAACUCAGAGCUUUUGAGAAGAUUUUUUCUCCCCAACAAAGACAUUUUGUAAAUAUUGGUUCAAACCAAGAAGACUUGACUCAUCCUAAACUCCUGUUAAAGUCAGUGGACAUUUUAUUUGAGUAAAAAUACCAGGACUGAAGGAUUUAGCUCACAGUAAAUACUGUUUGUGGUAUAUUAAAUGUGCAUAAGAAGUAGGGCUCUGGUAUAAGUGAAUUUCUGCAGUGAAGAUCCAAAAACUAUUCUGAAUUCCUUUUAAGUGGUGUAAAUCCAAAAUAGCACCACCGAAGUCAAAGGAUUGUCUCCACCAUAAAAUUGCUAUGAGAGCAGAAUCAGGCCCUGAAGUUCAGGUGACAGAUUUUAGUGAAGCCAAAACACUGAACUACUGUUACUUGUAGAAGAGUGAGAUUAUUUCAAAAUUAUAAACACUGGCACUAAGAUUUUCAAAAAUUAGGCUCCUAUGUCCUUAUUUAUGCAUUUAAAUAGUGCCAGAUUAUGAUACACUUACACUGAACCAGGGCUGGCGCCAGGCACCAGUGCAGCAAGCAGGUGCUUGGGGAGGCCAAUGGAAAGGGGCAGCAUGUCUGGGUCCUUGGUGGCAAUUCGGCGGUGGGUCCCUCAGUCGCCGAAUUGCCGCCAAAGAAGCGGUGCCGAUAGAGUUGCAGCUGAAGUGCCGCUGAUCACGGCUUCUUUUUUUUUUUAUUUCACUGCUUGGGGUGGCAAAAACACUGGAGCUGGCCCUGCACUGAACAUUUACUUAUGCCACAAGUAAUUUCACUGAAGUCAGUGAGGGGACUUGUGCAGUAAGGUGCUACUCAAGGAAAAUUACAGUAUCAUAAUUUGGCCCUAAGUGGCUUGAAUUUCAAAAGUGCUGAGUACCCGGAAGCUCCCACGGACCUCAGUGGAAGCUGCUAGAUUUCAGCCCCUUUGAAAAUCAUAUCACUUAUUUGGCACCUAUAUAAGGAUUUACAUUAGACCCCUAUCUUUGCAAAUCUUGGCCUAGAAAUACACAGGUUUUUCGCCCUCUUAUUGUAAACACAAAAGGAGUUUUGGGCUCCAGUCUGAUUUGGAUUCAUACUAGAGAUUAUCUGUACGUCCAACCAUACAUACAUUAGGUAUGGGUUGACCUGCCCACCAGAUACUGAUUCAGACAGAAAUCUAAGGAAAGCAGGGGAAAUACAGUUAUUCGUGACAAACAGGGCUGCAUUGCACACAGGUUUCUUCUUGUAGACUUGUACACCUUACCACAAAACUAUAAGUGUAUUGCACACAUGCAUGUCUGUUUUUGCCCAAAGUUUGGGGUGAAAUUCCGCAAGCACUGCAAGGUAUAAGAUGUAAGCAACAGUAGCAACAACUGCAGCUAAUUGCACCUCUGUGUGUUGACUGUCCCCUUCCAAAAUGCAAUGGCAGUUGACAAACCAACGCCGUUUCAAUUCAGAUUGAGCUGUGAUCCUCUAGCAGAGCUUUGAAGAAAGUGAUUAGUGCCUGGCCAUCUCCUCCGCUGGUGAAAAUGGGGAAAGCUCCACCCAUUGUCUUCAUUUACUCCCACUGAUGUUCUGGCCCCUCAUUCUCAGGUCUAACAAUGAUGCUGACCAUUUUUCCUCCUCCGGUGGGUAUCUCCUGCUUUGGUGACCUAUACUCCAGACACUCUGUCAAGGUUGAAAGGGAGAUGAAGGACAGAAGAGAUGCCAAACAACAAGCUAUUUCCCGUUCCAAAAACAAUGAUGGGCCAGAUCCUGCAAGAUGCUGAGCAGCUCAAUAUAGCAACCUCAGGGAAAAUAAUUCAGAAUAGGCGCCUGCUCUGCAGCUAGCAUAAAUGGGCACAGCACCCAUUACUCCAGGGAAGUAGCACCCAUUUAUACCAGCUAGGAUCCAGCCUUUGGUGUUUGCAAACAGUUUGCUAGAGGGAGCUCUGAAAAUCACCCCUGCUGUCUGGUAACUCAUCCCAGCAGCACGUCGCCUCAGAGAAUAUUUACAUAAUUCUAAGAAAACAAUUUUUGACCACUUAAAACUCCCCAAAUUUCCCCCUUUCAAUAAUGAACCAUAAUUUGCCAAGAAACAAACAUACAAUAAAGAAUCAGAAAAAGACCCAACCUGGGAGUCCUCCUUGUGAGCCCAAGCAUAUUACCGCUGGCUUGACAGGAAGCUGCUCAGACACAGCCUUGCUUUUGAAUAUUUAGCAUGAACAUCCUAGGUGAACAGAUGCAUGGCCUGUCCAUACAGCCCUUACUUAUGCUGGUGAACACUUACUUCACUGAAGAGACUUAUGCCUGUGAAUAAAGUGCACACCCACAUAUGAAAGGAUUACACAGGCCAGCUCCAGUAGUCCUAAUAGGACUGCGUGAACUAAGGAGCUUUUGAUAUACAGAAAAAUCACCUGGUUAGCUGGCAUAGCUCACAACUAUGUGGGUUGAGCGUGGAGGGCCUGGUUCUUGCUUACUUCCAUUAUUGUAAAUCAGGGGGCAACUCCCCUGAAAUUAAACCAGUGUCACAGGCUAGAAUCGGACUGAGUUGCAAACAGAUAUUGAUACUGAAACCCAUCUUGGUGAAGAUGGUUACCUAAAUAGCUAUUUGUUGUAUAAUCAGAUUAUCUGAGGCCACCUUUCUGAUAGAAUGAUUUGAAAUCACAAACGGUGUAUAUACAGUAGUGCUGGGAUUUCAUAAGCAAUCCAAAGCUGUGGAAUACUAUGGAGAUGAAACCUUUACAUUUGCAAAAUUAUCAUGGGAUGCAGUGUUGUUCUGUUUUGUUGAACCUGGAAAAACUGAAACUGGGUAUGGGUUGAGCAAAAGACAUAUUACUCUUUAAUUGGAUAGCUACAGGCCUGAUUGCUCUAUCAUACUUGUAUCGGUCAGGCGUACCGCCACUGAAAUCAAUAGAGCUACCCUAGUAUAAAGUAGCAGAGGGGUAGCUGUGUUAGUCUGGAUCUGUAAAAGCAGCAAAGAGUCCUGUGGCACCUUAUAGACUAACAGACGUAUUGGAGCAUGAGCUUUUGUGGGUGCAUCCAACGAAGUGGGUAUUCACCCACAAAAGCUCAUGCUCCAAUACAUCUGUUAGUCUACAAGGUGCCAUAGGACUCUUUGCUUCUAGUAUAAAACUAGUGCAAGAGUGAGCAGAAGCGGGCCCAUACUGUGCACAUAAACUAAGGAGAGAUCACAGCAUUGAAGAUUUGACCUGGCAAUCGCAAUAUCACUUUAUCCUUUCUGCUUGACCCUCACUGCUAGCCUUCCCACAGUUAAUUUACAUUUAUUUGCACUAAAACAGGGCAGGCUACCUCUCUCACACCCGAUGUCCUGAAUCUGUACAAAUUCUCUUUUAAUUUAUAAAAAUGAAUACAGCUGUAUAGAAGUCAUUGUGAAAUUGAAAAAAUACUUUGGAGCCAAGGCUUUGGAACCAGCUCAGUAGUUCCAAUAUGCAGUAAAUUGGUAUAUUUUUAUGCAUCAGGACAGACAUUUUCAGUGAUGAGAAUUGUCAGCUGUUCCAGGAAUAUUAAAUGGCCAGAAUACUGUACUUUUUUAUUGCAACAUGUGCAAUUCACUUUAUGUUCUUGUGCACUUUUUUGUACAAAAGCUUUUUCAAUCGUUUUAUUAUUUUUUGCCAUUGUUUAUAAAAUAUAGUGUGGGUUUAAUAUUUUA